CCAGGGGCUAAGGGUUGUCUUCUGUGCCCAGGGACUUCCCUCUUUGGUUUUGGACACACAUCAGCUCCUGCCCUGCGUAACUUAACCUCAGCCUCCCUGACUGCCCCAGUGCUCCAGGCUCUGCUCCAAGGAUCCAGUUCUCUGUUUGGAGCCUGCAAAGAAGACACAUGAAGCAUAGAUGAACAGAAGAAAGAACUACAUCUACAGCUAGCCUUCGGUUUACAUUUCCUGAGGAAUGAGGCAGGGCAUCUUCUCCAACCAGGGAUCGAAUAUCGGUCUCCUUCACUGCAGGCGGAUUCUUUACUUUCUGAUUCCCCAGGGAAGCUCAACCAGGGAGGAUGCCCUUCAAAAGCCAGAUGGGCCAAGAAAAGGAAAACUCAGCAGAUCACAGCUCCUCAACUCCAUCUAGGAUGCGGUGUCAGGAUCUCUACCAGUUCGGUCAGAAGCUGGUCCGCAGGCGGCCCCUGGAGCCCACUGAGGAUUCUCAGAGUCCCACGGCUCCUCUGAACAUCCUGAAACUGGUGGCCUUCGGUGUGGCCAGCACCCUGGGGGCUGGCGUAUACAUCCUGGUGGGAGAAGUGGCCAUGUUCAUUGCUGGACCAGCGAUCAUCAUCUCCUUCUUGGUGGCAGCCCUGUCUUCUGUAUUGUCUGGGCUCUGCUAUGCUGAAUUUGGGACACAGGUCUCGUGGACUGGUUCUGCAUAUCUCUACAGCUACAUCAGCAUGGGAGAAUUGUGGGCAUUCAUCACUGCCUGGAACCUCAUACUGUCCUAUGUCGUUGGCACAGGCAGUGUUGCCAGGGCCUGGAGCGUUGCCUUCGACAGCCUGAUUGGGAACCACAUCUUUCAGGCCUUACAGGGAACUUUCUCCCCAUAUAUGCCCUACUACCUGGCCAAGUAUCCGGACUUUGUCGCUUUGUCCCUGGUGCUGUUGCUCACAGGAGUACUGGUUCUGGGAGCUCGUGAGUCAGUCCUGGUUGGAACAAUAUCCACAGGCAUCAACUUUUUGGUUCUCAGCUUCAUCAUCAUCUCUGGCUUCAUUAAGGGAGACCUGCACAACUGGGAGCUCACGGAACAGGACUACACAUUGAACACGUCUGAAUCCGGUGACAUCUAUAGCUUGGGCCCUCUGGGUUCUGGAGGGUUUGUGCCCUUCCACUAUGAUGGAAUUCUCCACGGAGCAGCUCUAUGUUUCUACUCGUUUGUGGGUUUUGAUGACAUUGUCACUAAAGGGGAAGAAGCCCCAGAUCCUCACCGCUCCAUCCCCAUCAGCAUCGUGACCACGGUCUUCUUCUGCUUUUUGGCGUAUUUUGGUGUCUCGGCGACUCUCACCCUCAUGGUGCCCUACUACCAGAUUCAGCCUGACAGCCCCUUUCCACAGGCUUUCCUCCAUGUUGGGUGGGGCCCUGCCAGAUAUGUCGUGGCUGUUGGCAUCCUCUGUUUUCUUUUAUACAGACUGCAGAGCUCCUUGUUCCCCGUGCCUCAGGUGACCCAGGAAAUGGCCGAGGAUGGGCUCCUUUUCCGAGGACUUGCCCGGACCCAUGCCCGCACGAAGACGCCCAUCAUGGCCACUGUGUCCUCUGGAAUUCUCGCAGGGACCAUGGCAUUGCUCUUUGAGUUCAGUAAUCUGGUGGACCUCAUGUCGAUUGGACACCUGCUGGUUUACUCCUUGGUGGCGUUUUUUGUCCUUGUCCUCAGGUACCAGCCAGACUGGAAUUUAAGCAAGAAUGAGAAAAUAGAAGACAAAAUUCAGAUGAAGCCUCUAGUUAAGAAAAAUCCUUUGGAAUCUGAACCUGAAGCAGGAACCUCAAAGACUCUAACGAGUCUGUGGUUGCCUAUCAGCACCACCCCCACCCAGAAAUCUGGCCAGAUUGUCUAUGGAUGUGCCUUCCUGCUUGUUCUCCUGCUGACCAUCCUGAGCCUGAUCCUGGCCCAGUGGCCCAGCCAGGUGUUCUCUGGAGACCCUGUGCUCACAACAGUGGCUGUGCUGCUGCUGUUGCUCAUCACUGGGGUCACGAUCAUCAUCUGGAGGCAGCCCCAGGACCCCUCUCCUCUUCCAUUCAGGGUUCCUGCUCUGCCUGUCCUCCCACUGGUCAGCAUCUUCGUGAAUGUUUACCUGAUGAUGCAGACGACCUCUGGGACCUGGGCCCUGUUUGGCAUCUGGAAUGCCAUUGGAUUUCUCAUAUACUUUGGAUAUGGGAUCCGACACAGCCUGGCAGGGAGCAAUCAUCAACAGCCACCGGCCACCAGCCUCCACCUCCCAGACUCUUGACAAAAGCAUCCCGGUGCUGAGUCAUCUUACCCACAGGAAGUAGAUGCUGCAUGGAAUCCCUCCAUGCCCAGGAAGAUCUGCUGGUUCAAGGGACACCUGAGCCUCCGUGGAGUGUGAAGGUGGAGGCAUCUAAAGCCCUGUGUUUAUUGCUAGUGGACAAAGUGACUGGACCAUUGUGCAAUUUUCAGUAAACUUUUAAAAGCAUACUAUACAUACUUCUAAGUACAUGCUUCAUAAGUGUGCAGCAAGAUGAAUUUUCACAAAUUACCACAAUGUAACCAGCAAGUAGAGGAAGAAAUAAAUUAUUAAUGGGCACAUUAGAAGCACCUUUUUGUACUUAUUUUUAACAAGAACACAAAGACUGCCCCACUGGAAGGAAACUCAGCCUCCUGAACACCAUGUUUGCCAUGUCUGGUUGAUCUACACAAUGGCAGAGGACGGGCUUCUUUUCCGAUUUCUUGCCCGGAUCAACGCCCGUACACGCACCCACAUCACAGUCAUCAUGAUUUCUGGAAAACUUGCAGGUGAGACUCUACUCCACCCUGACUGGGGGUCUUUGACUUGUGGUGAUUGAUGGGGGCUAAUCAUCUCUGCCUUCAUGCUGCCUUCCAAGUGUCCUGCUCUGCUUUUGUGGGAAAAAAGAUGGAUUUAGCUGUGUGAUGUUGGGUGAGUAGGGACUGCUGGUCAUGUUGUCAUCAUACCUCUAAUUCCGGUAUCACUCAGACCAGAAUUUAAGCAAGAACCAAAUAACAGAGGAAGAAACUGAGAUGGAGCUUGUAGUCAAAGAAAGUUCUUUGGACUCUACUUGAAGGCAGAACCUCAAGUAUUCUAAAGAGUCUGUGGUUCCCUCCCAGCACCAUCCCCACCCAGAAAUCUGGCCAGAUUGUCUAUGGAUGUGCCUUCCUGCUUGUUCUCCUGCUGACCAUCCUGAGCCUGAUCCUGGCCCAGUGGCCCAGCCAGGUGUUCUCUGGAGACCCCGUGCUCACAACAGUGGCUGUGCUGCUGCUGCUGCUGCUCAUCACUGGGGUCACAGUCAUCACCUGGAGGCAACUCCAGAGCCCCACUGCUCUUCACUUCAGGGUCCCUGCUCUGCCUGUCCUCCCAGUGGUGAGCAUGUUUGUGAACAUUUACCUGAUGGUGCACAUGACCACUUGGACCUGGGUCCUAUUUGGCGUCUGGAUGGGGAUUGGAUUUGCCAUAUACUUUGGAUAUGGGAUCCGACACAAGUUGGAGGAGAACAGUGAGCAAACACAGCAGCCUCCACCUCCCAAAUGCUGAACAAAAACAUCCCUGGUGCUGAGUCAUCUUAACCACAGGAGAGAGAUGCUGUGUGGAACCCCUCUAUACCCUGUAGGAUCUGCUGAUUUGAGGGACACUGUGAGCCUCUAUGGACUGUGAAGGCAGAAUGCAUUUACAGCCGAGUAUUUAGUGCUAGUGGACAAAGUGACUUUAAUGCUGCAAAUGCUGAAGGAAACAUUUAAAAGCAUAAUACACAUCCAGAA